GAAAAGCGUCCCAUGGCAGCCAAAAAGUUGUCAUCUUUCAAAUAACAGGACGAAGGAAAGAGGAAAAUUUUAAAAUCCCAGUGAAUAAAUAUUUAUAAAUCGACCCAAAAUUUCUGUAUCCUAUCGAUUUCGUUACAUAUCUCUUCGAUUAAAGUAAGGGAUUUUUUUCCUAUUUUUUUGGAAUCGCCGGGUUCGAUUUUGUUUGACAAGAUCGGCCUGAUCAGAAUUUCAGUCCGCGUCAUCUAAGAUCACUGCAAUUAGGAAGGAGAGGUGUCUGGUAUAAGGUUGAUUGAUGAAUCAUGAUGGAGGAGGGUAGGGAAGAUGGACUCUCGUGAUGAGACGGGCCGCCAAGCUCCAGAAGGCCCCAUCCUGUGUGUCAAUAACUGUGGUUUCUUUGGAAGUGAAGCUACCAUGAAUAUGUGCUCCAAGUGUCACAAGGCAAUGAUCCUGAAGCAGGAGCAGGUGCAAGUGCAACUCGUAGGAUCAUCCAUUGGAAGCAUUGCCAAUGGCAGCUCUAGUGGGAACAGUAAGGAACCAUCUAUGGCGGCGGCUGCUGCUUUGGCUGUACAAUCCGGAAAUUUUGGGUCAGAAAUUGAAUCGUCCAUCAAUCCAUCCCUUAUGACCUUUGGUGGGAUGAAAACAAAAGAGGGUCCCAACAGGUGUACUGCAUGUAACAAGCGUGUCGGUUUGACAGGAUUUAACUGCAGGUGUGGAAACAUCUUCUGUGCAUCUCAUCGAUACUCCGACAGACACAACUGUCCUUUUGACUACAGGACUGCUGCUCAAGAUGCUAUUGCUAAAGCCAACCCUGUAGUCAGGGCAGAGAAGCUCGAUAAAAUCUAAAGAGGUGAGGAUGAAGGCAAAGAUUUGUGUAAUGAAAUAUGAUGUUUCUCCUUCCACCCGUUUGUGUCAUCAGCUCAAUCAUAGUGAAGGUUAAUGUUAAGUUGGGUUCUUUGUCUCAAUGUGUGUCCCCUUGAUUGAUAUAGAGUUGCAAAGUCCAUGAUAGGGAGGACAUCGUUGCAGUGUAAGGAAAGUUUGUAUUCCUUGUCCAUUGGUUGGCAAUAGUUCGCCACUGUUUGUAAGUCUUUAUUUUGUGCUGGUUUGAUUGUACAUAUACAUGAUUACCUUGUAAUGCUUCUAUCUUAUAUUCCUUUCUUC